AUGUCGAUGGGUUGUGGUGAAAAGAGAAUUUCUUUUCUAAAUUUUAUGUCGCUGAAGGUGAUGAUGGUCGCUGAAAUUUUUCCGGCGAUCAAUAAUACCGUCUUUAACUUGUCACUUGUAGCUCGUUUCAAAUUUAAUUAA